UAUGGCUGCUGUAUAUCUGUCGUCGAACUAGGCUCACACUGUUGAGCACGGAGGAAGUCCUUUCCAUGGAUCCUGAAUGGUAUGAAGACCCUGAUGUCGUCCUAUCUGAGGAAGAUGAUGAUGAAAAGGACGACAGUGAUAUGUCAGUAGAAAGUCAGCCUGAAAGUGGAGACAAAACAGUCCCUGUGAAGGAUGAUGAAACCUCCGCCUGUGAGACACGCAGUGACUCUGACAGUGGAGAAGCUGCAGUGUCUUUAGACAUUGUCCAUACUCCUCCCCGGAAUCUGCCAACAAAUCAACUAUGUGAAGGUCGCAGGUUGUUGACAGUUGGUGGAAAUGCCCUUGAUGGAAGAGUCUUGCACUUUGGAAAAGAGGAUUGUGAUGUGCAGAUUCCAGAGGACACUGUCUUUAACACCAAGGGAGGGAACUCUCACAAUGUUUUCAAUCUCAGUGGAAAUACUGGCGUGAAUGUCACAUUCAAGGAAAACAAAGGAGGGGACACAUCUGUGUUGGACUCAAUCAUAGACCAGAGCAAACUCAGACUUCUCGACAUUGACGAGCGACUACUUGUCAAAACUGAUGCAAUCAGUCAGCUUCAGAAUCACUUGCUGCGUCAUGGAAGGAUGAUAAUCACUGGACGAUCCGGUGAAGGGAAGACAACAGCAUCUUUGUUUCUGCUGAAGGUUUUUUCAUCGAAACAUUCCCACACACCACUGAUAUUGACGGACCCUGGUCAGUGGGAUCUUAUUCCUGCAUCUCGUAAAUCGAAACAGAAGUAUGUUGUACUCAUUGAUGACAUAUUUGGACAGACAAAUCUGGUACAGGAUCUUCAGACCAGGUGGGAGAAAAAGUUUCCCAUGAUGAUGCCGCUGGUAGAAGCAGGAAUUGUGUCUCUUAUUAUAGUUUCCAGAACAAAUAUCUUUCAACUUUGUAAAUCCCAUCUCUUAACGUAUACAAUGUUCAAGAACUAUUCUGCAAGAGAAUUUACUUUGGGUUUUUCAGAAGAAGAGAAGCUUCGUGUUUUAGAAAAUCAUAUCAACACUUUUGCAAAAGACCUUACGCUUACUGCAGAACAGAAGAAUCAGAUCAUACAAACAGACCAACUGUUAGGAUUCCCACAAUGUUGCUAUCUGUACGCCACCAGCAAACUGAAACAUUCUGAAAGUGUUGCUUUCUUUACUGAACCAAUGAUGUACUUGGCAGACUCUGUAAGGAUCAUGCGUGACAAAGACCCUCUGUCAUACCUAGUUUUAUUACUCGUGAUGUUUUAUGACGGGGUAUUGCCAAGAAAAGUUUUUGACCCUUUUCGAAGGCAAACUGUGGAUGAAUACAUUCUGGAUAAUGUAGUUCAAAUAUGCACAGUGAAUCAAACACCAACUCUUCGCAAAAUAGAAGAAGUAGCACGCAGUUUGUGUUCAGUAUACCUAUCCUGGAAUGCAAGUAACAAACACUUUACAUUCCUACAUCGCUGCAUUUAUGAUGUCAUAUUCCUUGAAUUUUGCAAAGACAGCUUGUCACAGGGAAUUCAAAUGUGUUCCACAAGUACUCUGCUCGAAUAUGUCAGAACAAAACCUGCAGCUGACAAAAGGUAUCGUAGUGAUUGGAUUGUAAUAGUUUCAGAAGAUAUGUUUGAUAUUCUUGCUGAGAGGAUUACAAAAGAACUUUUGUCUGACAACUGUCAGUUGGUAACUGCUCACCCAUGUUUGAAGGAUACUGACUUCAUUUCCUUUCUGACAAAAUCCUACUGGGAUGUGGAAAUAAAAGCCCGAAUAGCAGCACACCCAGUAGAGAAACAGGUAGUUACUGCAACCAUAUACUUCACAGAAGAAACAAUGGAAGUCCUGACCAACAUAUUCACCCAGGACACCCAGGGGGUCCUACCAUUGCAGCAAACCACUUUCAAGUUAUUUGAAUAUGAAUCCAUCACUUCAUAUCUCACUAUGGCUGGAGCAUAUGAUUUGGCACUUCAUUUGCUCAAUUCACAAAAGGCAACGGACACUGACCAUUAUGAAAAGACAAGAAACAGUAUGUUUGUCUGUUCAUUUUAUAAAUCAAACUCUGAAAAGGUGGCAGUUCUAAUUGAACAAGAUGCUGGGCUAACAACAGAAUGCUUUAUAGCGGCAUGUGCAGCUGAGAAAGCACAUGAAGGACUCUUUGAUCUGGCUCUUGGUUGCAUGAACGAAACUGAUUCAGACAUGGACACCCUACAAAAUAUGUUAUCACUGUGCAUAGAACGCCAACAAUUCAACUUUUUCAAGAGAUUAAUCAGAAUGAUAUUGGAACCAAAAAGAAUGCAAUGGACGUUUAGACAAAUACUGUUGCAAUUUCAUAAUGCAAUUCCUACAUUUCUUCUAACAACGAAUGGACAAGAUGAACAGUUCAAUUUAAAGGACAUAUUGAUAUUGCUGAAUGAUGUGGAAAUGGGAGAUGUUACCGAUGACUGUGUUCUCCUAUCUGCAGGAUGUAAUGAUACCUCAGCUUUGGAGGCUGCUUUUCACCAUGGAGGUAACGCUCACUGCAAAAAUAAAUGUCAGCAGACACCACUUCAUCUUGCAGCAAAGUUUGGAUCCGAGCAAACUUUGGAUUUCCUGUAUCGGCUUUGUGGAAAUCCCUCUCCUGGAGAUACAUAUGGCUUUACACCUCUGCAUUAUGCGGCACUAUCCUCGUUUCACAGUUCCGAAAAAGUGCACAUUGCACUGAUGUGGAAGUCAAAUAUAACUGACAAAACGCUAACUGGAAAAUCAGCCCUGACACUGGCUGUAGAAGCAGAAAAUAUUCCCCCUAUAGACAGGUUAAUAAUGGCAAUCAAAGAACAGGGUUUACAAUGCGAAUAUCCAAUGCACGUUGCCGUGUCUGCUCUGAUCUGUACACUACAAAGAUGUCAUACCACCACAGAUGUUGCCAUAGAUCAACACAACAAAGCUAAGAUGAUAGCAGUGUUGCAGCACCAUGGAUAUUCGUUACUGGAUGUAAAUAACAAAAACACAACCUCUCUACAAAUGAUUGUGAAAUCAGGCACCGUAGAUUUAUUGACAUAUUUACUACAAUUUUCCAACGUAAACAAAUGUGUUAUUCGAGAUACGGAAGUACAUGUUACCAUUGACAGUUUGAAGUCCCUUAUUUACUGUGCUGCUGAGCAUGGUCAUCUGAAAGUUUUCAGAUAUUUCUUUGAAAACAUAUCUUUCCAAACUGAUAACCACGUAGAGGACUUUGUGAAGUCCGCUCUGUGUAAUGCAGCUGAGAAAGGUCACCUCAACAUUGUCCAGUACUUUGUGGAGAAGGGUGAGGAUAUGAAUAUAAAUGAUGAAAAUUGUGAGUCGCCUCUGUGCAUUGCAGCUAAAAAUGGUCAUUUGAAGAUCGUUAAGUUUUUGGUAGAGGUAGGUGCUGAUGUGAAUGUGACAGAUGAAAACAGACACUCACCCCUGUUUUGUGCUGCUCGAAAUGGCCACACUGACAUUGUCCAGUAUUUAGCAGAGACAGGUGCUGAUGUGACUAUUACAGAUGAAUAUUGGAACUCACAUACCUGCAUUACAGCUGAAAAUAGAGAGACUAAAAGUGAGAAGUCUUUGGGAGAGGAAGUUGUUGAUGUGAAUAUUAUGGAUACAUAUGGGAUCGAACCCCUCUGGUGUGCGGCUAGAAAUGGUCACAUUGAAAUUGUUCAAUACUUGGUAGAAAAAGGUGCCAGUGUGCAUGAGGCAGAGGCAUAUGGGACCCAACUCCUGUGUAAGGCAGCUGACAGUGGAAACGAUGAGAUUAUCAGGCUACUUGUGGAGAAAGGUGUUGAUGUAAACAUGACAGAUACAUUCUGGACAUCAGUUUUGCAGAGGGCAGCUGAACGUGGAAACACUGAGAUGAUCAGAUUCCUUGUGGAGAAAGGUGUUGAUGUAAACAUACCAGAUACAUUCUGGACAUCAGUUUUGCAGAGGGCAGCUGAACGUGGAAACACUGAGAUGAUCAGAUUCCUUGUGGAGAAAGGUGUUGAUGUAAACAUACCAGAUACAUUCUGGACAUCAGUUUUGCAGAGGGCAGCUGAACGUGGAAACACUGAGAUGGUCAGAUUCCUUGUUGAGAAAGGCGUUGAUGAAAGCAUAACAUAUACAUUCUGGACAUCAUUUUUGCGGACGGAAGUGGAACGUGGAAACACUGAGAUGGUCAGAUUCCUGGUGGAGAAAUGUGUUGAUGUAAACAUAACAGAUACAUUCUGGACAUCAGUUUUGCAGAGAGCAGCUGAACUCGGUAACACUGAGAUGGUCAGAUUCUUUGUGGAGAAAGGUGUUAAUGUAAACAUAACAGAUACAUUCUGGACAUCAGUUUUGCAGAGGGCAGCUGAAUGUGGUAACACUAAGAUGGUCACGCUCCUUGUGGAGAAAGGCGUUGAUGAAAGCAUAACAGAUACAUUCUGGACAUCAUUUUUGCGGACGGAAGUGGAACGUCAUAACACUGAGAUGGUCAGAUUCCUGGUGGAGAAAGGUGUUGAUGUAAACAUACCAGAUACAUUCUGGACAUCAGUUUUGCAGAGGGCAGCUGAACGUGGAAACACUGAGAUGGUCAGAUUCCUUAUGGAGAAAGGUGUUGAUGUAAGCAUACCAGAUACAUUCUGGAUAUCAGUUUUGCAGAGUGCAGCUGAACACGGUAACACUGAGAUGGUCAGACUCCUUGUGGAGAAAGGUGUUGAUGUAAACAUACCAGAUACAUUCUGGACAUCAGUUUUGCAGAGGGCAGCUGAACGUGGAAACACUGAGAUGAUCAGAUUCCUUGUGGAGAAAGGUGUUGAUGUAAGCAUACCAGAUACGUUCUGGACAUCAGUUUUGCAAAGUGCAGCUGAACACGGUAACACUGAGAUGGUCAGAUUCUUUGUGGAGAAAGGUGUUGAUGUAUGCAUAACAGAUACGUUCUGGAAAUCAGUUUUGCAGAGGGCAGCUGAACACGGUAACACUGAGAUGGUCAGAUUCCUUGUGGAGAAAGGUGUUGAUGUAAACAUAACAGAUACAUUCUGGACAUUAUUUUUGCAGAGGGCAGCUGAACGUGGUAACACUGAGCUGGUCAGAUUCCUUGUGGAGAAAGGUGUUGAUGUAAACAUAACAGCUACAUUCUGGACAUUAUUUUUGCAGGGGGCAGCUGAACGUGGUAAAACUGAGGUGAUCACGCUCCUUGUGAAGAAAGGUGUUGAUAUAAGCAUAACAGAUACAUUCUGGAUAUCAUUUUUGCAGAGGGCAGCUGAACGUGGUAACACUGAGAUGGUCAGACUCCUUGUGGAGAUAUGUGUUGAUGUAAACAUAACAGAUACAUUCUGGACAUCAGUUUUGCGGACGGCAGCUGACUGUAGUGACACUGAGAUGGUCAGAUGCCUUGUGGAGAAAUGUGUUGAUUUAAAUAUACCAGAUACAUUCUGGACAUCAGUUUUGCAGAGAGCAGCUGAACUCGGUAACACUGAGAUGGUCAGAUUCCUUGUGGAGAAAGGUUUUGAUGUAAACAUAACAGAUACACUCUGGAAAUCAGUUUUGCAGAGGGCAGCUGCACGUGGAAACACUGAGAUGAUCAGAUUCCUUGUGGAGAAAGGUGUUGAUGUAAACAUACCAGAUACGUUCUGGACAUCAGUUUUGCAGAGGGCAGCUAAACGCAGUAACACUGAGAUGGUCAGAUUCCUUCUGGAGAAAGGUGUUUAUGUAAAUAUACCAGAUACAUUCUGGACAUCAGUUUUGCAGAGGGCAGCUAAACGCAGUAACACUGAGAUGGUCAGAUUCCUUGUGGAAAAAGGUGUUGAUGUAAAAAUAACAGAUACAUUCUGGACAUCAGUUUUGCAGAGUGCAGCUGACUGUAGUGACACUGAGAUGGUCAGAUGCCUUGUGGAGAAAUGUGUUGAUUUAAAUAUACCAGAUACAUUCUGGACAUCAGUUUUGCAGAGAGCAGCUGAACGAUGUAACACUGAGAUGGUCAGAUGCCUUGUGGAGAAAGGUGUUGAUUUAAAUAUACCAGAUACAUUCUGGACAUCAGUUUUGCAGAGGGCAGCUGAACUCGGUAACACUGAGAUGGUCAGAUUCCUUGUUGAGAAAGGUGUUGAUGUAAACAUACCAGAUACAUUCUGGACAUCAGUUUUGCGGACGGCAGCUGACUGUUGUGAUACUGAGAUGGUCAGAUUCCUUGUGGAGAAAGCUGUUGAUGUACAUAUACCAGAUACAUUCUGGACAUCAGUUUUGCAGAGAGCAGCUGAACGAUGUAACACUGUGAUGGUCAGAUUCCUUGUGGAGAAAGGUGUUGAUGUAAGCAUAACAGAUACAUUCUGGACAUCAGUUUUGCAGAGAGCAGCUGAACGUGGAAACACUGAGAUGGUCAGAUUCCUUGUGGAGAAAGGUGUUGAUGUAAACAUAACAGAUACAUUCUGGACAUUAGUUUUGCAGAGGGCAGCUGAACGUGGAAACACUGAGAUGGUCAGAUGCCUUGUGGAGAAAUGUGUUGAUUUAAAUAUACCAGAUACAUUCUGGACAUCAGUUUUGCAGAGGGCAGCUGAACGUGGAAACACUGAGAUGGUCAGAUGCCUUGUGGAGAAAUGUGUUGAUUUAAAUAUACCAGAUACAUUCUGGACAUCAGUUUUGCAGAGGGCAGCUGAACUCGGUAACACUGAGAUGGUCAGAUUCCUUGUGGAGAAAGGUUUUGAUGUAAAUAUAACAGAUACAUUCUGGACAUCAGUUUUGCGGACGGCAGCUGAACGUGGAAACACCGAGAUGGUCAGAUUCCUUAUGGAGAAAUGUGUUGAUGUAAAUAUACCAGAUACAUUCUGGACAUCAGUUUUGCAGAGGGCAGCUGAACGUGGAAACACUGAGAUGGUCAGAUUCCUUAUGGAGAAAUGUGUUGAUGUAAAUAUACCAGAUACAUUCUGGACAUUAGUUUUGCAGAGGGCAGCUAAACGCUGUAACACUGAGAUGGUCAGAUUCCUUGUGGAGAAAGGUUUUGAUGUAAACAUAACAGAUACAUUCUGGACAUCAGUUUUGCAGAGUGCAGCUAAACUCGGUAACACGGAGAUGGUCAGACUCCUUGUGGAGAAAGGUGUUGAUGUAAAUACAGGUAAACAUGGGCACACACCUCUUUGCAGUGCAGCCGUUAAUGGACACAUUGAUAUUGUCCGUUUUCUUGUUGAGAUUCGGUAUGUCCUUGUCCUUCUGCACACUGCAGCAGAAAAUGACAACAUUGAGAUAGUCAAGUAUCUUUUAGACUAUGGGGUUUACCUUGAGAUAAUGAAUACAUAUGGUAACUUCCCUCUUUGCACAGAAGUUGCAAAUCUACACCUUCAUAUUCUUCAGUAUCUCGCUAAAAGAGGUGUUAAUGUGAAUAUGAAAGACAGUUGCUGGAAUAUACUUGUGUGCACUGUAGUUGCCAAUGGACACACUGAGGUUUUCAAGUAUCUUGUUGAGAGUGGUGCUGAUGUUAAUAUGGCAGAUAGCCAUGGCAAAUCACUAAUGUGCAUUGCAGCUGAAAAAGGGCAUAUUGAGAUUGUCAAGUAUCUUCAUCAAAAAGGUGUUCCUGUAAAAAUCACAUAGGACAAUUUCAGAUAACUUGGCAAUAUCUACAUUGUCAGUUAUCUGACUGAAAAAGACAAGUCACAUCGAACACCCAAAACAGUUUUAUCUUUGAAAUAGAAUGAAAAUGCAAAGAACAUCGGUCAAAAUAUUUUGAUGAAAAUAUAUCCCAAGGACAGAGCAAUGUUAACAUUUAACAUCCCAUCGGCAUUAUUUCAGCAAUAUGGCGACUACACAUGGGGUUCAGGGGCACUUUCACACAGUCAGUAGCGAGUGUGUCCACCUUGUGUUUUGUUUCAGGCCCUCAUGGGGGCAGUAAACGUUAAAGAUGUUGAAGGCCUGGAAAAUGGCAUUCCAUAUCUGAGAAAGAUAAGCCACAGUAUCGGCAACGUUAUUGUCUUCCCAGACUUAAUCCUGCGACCCGUGAAGAUCAAGGGUAGAAUAGGUCUUCAGCAACCCAUGGUUGCCGUUAGAGUCGACUAUGCUUGCCGUAAGAGGCGACUAACGGGAUCGGGUGGUCAGACUCG